GGUGUCAGUUGUUUGCGAGAGAUCGAACUACAAACGCGCGCGCGUGCUAAAUAUUCGCAUACCAAGGAAAGAAUAUUGAAGUUUUUUUCGGGAACUCUACUAUUGAAAGUUUUUACAAGAAUUACCCCCACAAGACUGUGAAACGUUCUCCUAACAGUGUCAGGUUCAAGAACAGCUCAAGUGAUACGAAGUACGAGGAACUGUUUGCCAGUGUGAAAAGGUGUAGAAUAUUAAGCGUACGUUGGCGGAAGGUCUAAGAUCUCCGAGCCUCGAGCAAAGUCGCUAAAACCUGCUCUACAAGGAACUAGUAGUCCGUGUAACCUUCAGCAGCAAAAUGAAUCGUGCACUUUUCGGAAGUUUGGUCGCCAUCUCGGCCACGGACAGUAGCCGUGGUGUGAGCAGCCUUGCCGGUGCCGGUGAACCGCUCGAGCCGGUCGUCGUUGGGCGGCGUAACAGCUUACCGCCGGCCUCCCCCAUCUUCAAGCCAAUCGUGCCGUCCAAGCUGAACGGAUUGGGCGCCCGCCACGGACUGCACCAUCAAGCACCGACCAACGGCAACGGAAUGACGAACGAUCGGCCGGUUGAGCUGUCGAAGCGUACGACCGAAGCCAAGGAGUCGCUCAAGAAGGCACAGAUCGUGUGCUUCGACGUCGAUUCGACCAUCAUCACUGAGGAGGGCAUCGAUGAGCUGGCUCAAUUCUGCGGCAAGGGUAGCGAGGUGGCUGCACUCACCAAGGAAGCGAUGGGUGGUAGCAUGACCUUCCAGGAGGCGCUGAAGCGUCGCCUGGACAUUAUCAAACCGUCGCAGCGGCAGAUCCGCGAGUUUCUCAAGACGCACCCGUCGAUCAUUUCCGCGGGCGUGAAGGAACUGAUCGAGCAGCUGCGCAAGAACAAUGCGGAAAUUUUCCUCAUCAGCGGCGGGUUCGACUGUCUGAUCGAGCCGGUGGCCGACGCGCUGGAGAUUCCGCUGUGCAAUCUGUACGCGAACCGGCUGUUCUUCAACUACAAUGGCAGCUACGCCGGGUUCGACACGACGCAGCCGACGUCGCGAUCGGGCGGCAAGGGCGAAGCUAUUAAGCAGAUCCGCAGCGUGAUGGCCGGUGGUGUCGGUACCGGAGCGGACAAGGUGGUCGCAAUGAUCGGGGACGGCAUGACGGACCUGGAGGCGUGUCCACCGGCGAACAUGUUCAUUGGUUAUGGUGGAAAUGCCGUUCGGGAAGAGGUCCAAAAACGAGCGACCUACUACGUGACCAACUUUGCCGACCUACUCUGGUGAUUGCAUUUUGAGGAGAAGAGCACCGCACCACCAUACCCACCCUACUUCCUUUGCUGAUGAAACCCCAUCGCAUUAUUUCAUUAUUAUUUCACUAGCUGUUAAUCACAUUGUUUUCCUCUUUUUUUUUUGAUACACCCAGACUUACUGUAAAUAGUUAAUUAUUACACUUACAAAUUAUUAUAAAUUAUGUGCACCUUUUUAAGUUGAAUUAUUAUAGCGCGCUUUAAUUAUAGUAGUAGUAUUUUCUUGUUCAAAUAUAUGCAACAAAUAUACAAUGAAUUCAUGUAAAAGCAAA